UCUCUAUCUCUUACUCUCUCUCUCAUCCAAAAUCAAGAACUUAAAUUUUUUUUUCUUCUCUUUUAAAUUUUUUAUAUAAUUUCUUUAAAUUUUCCAUGGCGGUUACGAAUUCUAGUAAUUGGGUUAGAACAACCCAAAUUCCUCACUCACUUUCAUCUAAUUCGUUUCUUGAUUUGGGCUCUGUUUCUUUCAUCAAGAACAAGCCGAGUUCAAGAAAAAGAUUGAACAGUAAUAAAAUUCACUGUGCUCUUCACUCUCCUUCAGUUCUUCAUUUCCCAUCGGAAAACCCUACAAAAACCAACCACCACCACCACCAGCAACCGCAGCAAUGGAAUCUCCUCCAAAAAGCAGCGGCGUUAGCUUUAGACAUGGCGGAGAGUACAAUCGUUUCUCACGAACGUCAACACCAGCUCCCCAAAACCGCUGAUCCUCGUGUCCAAAUUGCUGGCAACUACGCUCCGGUGCCAGAACAGCCCGUUAAGAAAUCACUUCCGGUCACCGGAACUAUCCCUGAUUGCAUUAACGGUGUCUACGUUCGAAACGGCGCCAACCCACUCUUUGAACCUGUCGCCGGGCACCAUCUUUUCGACGGAGACGGUAUGGUUCACGCUGUGAGUUUAAAUAACGGCAAUGCUAGCUACGCUUGUCGUUUUACUGAAACGGAGAGAUUAAAGCAAGAAAAAAACCUGGGCAGACCGGUUUUUCCUAAGGCAAUCGGUGAAUUACAUGGCCAUUCUGGUAUUGCAAGACUGUUACUGUUUUACGCUAGAGGAUUAUGCGGGCUGGUUGAUCAUACUAAAGGUACCGGAGUUGCUAACGCCGGUUUAGCUUACUUUAACGACAGGCUUCUUGCUAUGUCUGAAGACGACGUGCCAUAUCAAGUGCGUGUCACUUCGUCAGGUGAUCUUGAAACUGUCGGAAGAUAUGACUUUGAUGGCCAGCUUAAUCAUACCAUGAUUGCUCAUCCGAAGAUUGACCCUGUUUCUAAAGAAAUGUUUGCUCUGAGCUACGAUGUAAUUCAAAAACCUUAUCUGAAAUACUUUCGAUUUUUCCCCGACGGGGAAAAAUCACCGGACGUUGAUAUUCCUCUGCCGGUCCCGACCAUGAUGCAUGAUUUUGCCAUCACUGAGAAUUUCGUGGUGAUCCCUGAUCAGCAAGUUGUGUUCAAACUUCAAGAAAUGAUCAGCGGUGGCUCGCCGGUUAUUUACGACAAGAACAAGAAAUCCCGGUUCGGGAUUCUGGCGAAGAAUGCCGUCGAUGCCAACGAUAUUAUUUGGGUCGAGUCGCCGGAUACUUUCUGUUUUCACUUGUGGAAUGCAUGGGAAGAGACUGAGACAGACGAAGUUGUGGUGAUCGGUUCUUGCAUGACGCCACCGGACUCGAUAUUUAACGAAUGCGACGAGAAUUUACAGAGUGUGUUGUCGGAAAUUCGCUUGAAUUUAAAGACCGGUAAGUCCACUCGCCGUGCUAUUAUUCAAGAAUCCGAUGUCCAAGUGAAUUUAGAGGCGGGAAUGGUGAAUAAAAACCACCUCGGUAGAAAAACUCAGUUUGCUUAUCUUGCUAUUGCUGAGCCGUGGCCCAAGGUCUCAGGUUUUGCAAAAGUUGAUAUUUUUACCGGGGAGGUAAAAAAGUAUAUCUACGGGGAUAAAAAAUUUGGUGGGGAGCCGUUUUUUUUACCGAGUGAUCCCACCAGUGAAUCAGAAGAUGACGGGUAUAUUCUGGCAUUUGUUCAUGACGAGAAGAAUGGGAAAUCAGAGCUUCAGAUUGUAAACGCCGUUAAUUUAGAGUUAGAAGCUUCAGUUAAGCUGCCGUCAAGAGUACCGUAUGGAUUUCAUGGUACAUUUAUUGACUCAAAGGAUCUGGUGAAUCAAGCAUAGCCGUUGGAUCUCUUUUUUACUGCUGGAAAAGGGUGUUUUAUAGGGAGAUUUUUACCUGAGGGAUGUGAUUUUCCCCGGAAAAUCUCCAGGACAGUAAAAAAAACUGGAAAAAAAAACCUAACAACCCUUUUGUUUUUUUAUUAGUUUUGAAUUUUACAAAUAGGAUUUAAUAGGAACCAGUUUGUAGCUUUUGGACAGUAGUUAGAAUUCGAGCUCAGCUGGUUUCUGUUUCCUUUGUAUUUUGUCUGUCUUGUUAAUUUUCAUGUCCUAAAAAUAUUGGCAGUUUCAAA